GUUCGGUUGCACACCAUGCCCUUGACUUCCUACGAGAGGUGAUAGCUGACAACUAGCACCAGACAGUCGCUGGGAGGUCAGGGAAAAAAAUAACAGAAUUUAAGGGUUAUAUUGCCGCCAUGAAGAUCGAUCCAGACGAGUACAAGAGUCUCCCUCCUCCGGGAAUCUUGAAUGCAACUUCGAUGUGGCUGGCCGGCGUGGGCUGGUUCUCCGCGGUGCUCCAGAAUGCCAUCAAACACAGGCCACCAGUAUACUCAGGUGUUCAUCGACAAGUCCUUCUGGCAACAGCCGGAUGGUUCAUCGGCUACCAUCUUAAUAAAUAUUCAAAUUACGUUCAGGCCAAGCUUGACCGAGACAUGGUCGAGUAUAUCAAACUCCAUCCACAGGAAUUUGCUGCUAAAGAGAAAAAGACCUACGCAGAAAUCGUCGAGCCCUUCCAUCCUGUGCGCUAAGUGUCAGUGGCUGCCAAGAGGAGGAGAGGAAACAUCUGGAGACUACCAAAUGUCAAAUGUCUCCAGCAGAAUUUUUCUGAAAUCACUCUGUCAUAUACGUUGUGAACUAUAACUGUAAAUAAAACUGAAAAAAAUGCACAAAUUUAAAAA